CGAGUCACGUGAUUCAAGGUGAAAUGUGCGAGUGCAGUCUCUCUGGUGCUACAGCGCAAGGACGAAACAUGGCAGCAGCAACAGCCAGCAAAAAGGUGUUCGAGGUCUUCGUUUCCAGAGUACCCUGGACAGUCGCAAGCAAAGAGAUGAGGGAGUAUUUCGCACAGUUCGGACAAGUGAAGAAAUGCCAAAUGCCAUUUGACAAAGAAACCGGAUUUCACAGAGGUUUUUGCUGGAUUGGAUUUUCUUCAGAAGAAGGUCUGCAGAAUGCACUUCAGAAGGAUCCUCACGUCAUGGAGGGAUCAAAGCUUCAGGUACAGAGGAACAGAAAACCUUUUGUUGGCAGAAGGCUUGGCAAAGAAGAGGAAGAGAGCUGAAGUUGUAUGCAUGUGGUGUCAAUGUUUUUUUUUUGGAAGUGUAUUUAUGAUGUAUGUCAGUUAAAAUAAAAUAAAACUGUUUAAAUGA